ACAGAGACAAUUCUCGUCUACAGAUAUCUUAUUUAGACUACGGUCUCACCUUCGCAACCGACGAAGUUACUGUAUCGUAGUGCUUACAGCAUGGCCACGACCACCGAUCGUUACCAAGCUUCCGGCGUAGACAACUGUGAACUCCUAAUCGCGUUCGAGUCCGAGCAUAUGAAGGGAGGACAUGUCCUCGUCGAGCCUAACAAAUACCCACACCUUCCAAAACCCUCGAAAAAAUAUCUCUGCCUGACACAUCUGGACUUCAUCUCGGACUGCCGCUUCGUUCUCCAUAGCGACACGCCUAUUCUACACACUUUUGAUCGCCAUGGAGGUGUCCUGGAGCAGCUAUCUCUCCACGAACAUCGGCAAAUUCGUGAACGAUUCAAAGGCACCCCGACACGUACUCAUCAACAAUCGCAUACCUGUCCUGAUGUUAUUCCUUGGGACUCAAGUCGCCCACAGCCUGAAUUUCUCGAUUUAGCAGUACUAUAUCGUGUGAAUGCGUCGAAACACAAUCGCAAGAAUAUUUCACGUGAGCUGUUCAAAAACGGUCUCGUCGAAUCGAUCAUGGUCAAGUCAGCAGUCCAUGAUUUCUGGUUCUCCUGGUUAAAGCCACGAAGCAUUCUUACUUCCUCGUUCGCUCUUCUCUAUCUCAAGGGAAACGUGUUGGUCUCCGGCCGCCAUCUAGUUGGGGGAGCCGCGCUUUCAGAUCUCUUAUGGGACACGGGCUCAGAGCUUCGUGUCCGCUUCUUGGAGGGAAGCGAAUUCGUCAAGGAGAAAGUCAAAUUCUAUGCUCGAAUAUGGGAGAAGCAUGCCAACAUAAGAUUUGUAUUUAUAGAUUCUGGACCGUCGGAUAUUCGGGUUGCUUUUCGAAAAGGCGAAGGAUCCAAUUCAUACAUUGGCAAGCAAAGCCGUCACAUCCCAGAGGACCAGGCAACUAUGAACCUAGGCUGGUUUGACGAGUCAACUCCCGACACAGAGUUCUCUCGCACAACGCUUCAUGAAUUCGGCCAUGCCUUGGGCCUUGUUCAUGAGCACAUGAGCCCAGCUGCGGAUAUCCAGUGGAAUAAACCUGCUGUCUACCAGGACUAUAUGGCCGAGCCGAAUAAUUGGACGAAAGAAGAGGUUGAUCAAAACGUACUUGGGAAAUACAGUCCUAGCGUUACGCGGUUUACCAAAUUCGAUCCGGACAGCAACUUGUGUUAUGAUAUCUGCAAGGAGCACACCCUCAAUGGAAUCGCGACCUCCCCUAACGCGGUCCUAUCAGAUUUGGACAAAGAGUUCAUCGGCCAGGUCUAUCCUUUUAAGGCUCCCGCAAAUGUACCUACAUAGAACUAAG